UGUAGCAAAUAACGGACGUGGUUGAAGUUUGUAAACCGAGGCGUCAGCCGAGGUUUAUAUUCAACCAAGUCCGUUAUUUGCGUAUCGGCCGUGUGUCGUUCAAGAUUUUUCGUCAUCCCAUUAUGUGGAAAUUAUAUAUUUCGACUUCAUAAAGAUCCAUCUUUUCGCAAUACUUAAAUAUAAUAAUUAUCUUGAUCAUGGUAUGCUUAUGGUCACAUGUUAGCGGUUGUCAUGGACGCAACUACUGAAAAAUAAACAAUUCGUUAAAAACGCGUGCUGAGAAGCUCUACGACGGUUUUCCAAAAAUAUGGACGUAAUUGAAGGAAAUAUCAAUAUUCCUCCAGACGUAUUAGCAGACUCCAUGGCUGCAAGUGUCGAUUUGCUACCAGAAAAGACCAGGGAGCGAUAUCAAAAAGAAUACGAAGAUUUCAAGGAAUGGCUUAAGAUUAAGAGGAUCAAUUUAGUAAAUGAAGACGUGUUAUUAGCGUACGUAAAGGGAAAAUCGGAAAUGUACUCGCCCAAUUCAUUAUGGACAAAAGUUUCAAUGUUGAAACUCACUUUGAAGGUAUAUGACAACAUUGACAUUUCAAGAUUCGGAAAAUUAUUCGCCUUUUUGAAAAGAAAGUCUGAAGGUUACAGACCAAAAAAGUCUAACAUUUUGUCUGAAGAGCAAGUCAUGACAUUUUUAUUGGAAGCUGAUGAUGGUGUAUGGCUCCUAGAAAAAGUCAUCUUAAUAUGUGGAAUAUUUGGCGCUUGUAGGGGUGAUGAGCUUUUGAAGUUGAACGUGGAGGACUUUGAAGACACCAACAAAAACGUAAUAGUUACAUUGCGGAUCACAAAAAAUAAGAAAAGCAGAGUGUUUCUAAUUCCGAAAGAAGGACUUCCCUUCAAUGCGUAUCAGUUAUACCAAAAAUACGCGGAAAAACGUCCUCAAAAUUUAGAAACUCGGCGAUUUUUCAUUGUCUACCGCAAAGAAAAGUGUGUUAGGCAGGUUGUGGGCAUUCAUACCAUUGGGGGGGUUCCCAGGAAAAUUGCUAAGUUCUUAAAAUUAAAAAACCCAGAGUUAUACACGGGCCAUUCGUUUCGGAGGUCAUCCGCUACCAUGCUUGCAGAAAAUGGUGGCGAUCUCCUAGCAGUGAAGGAACUUGGAGGCUGGGAUUCAUCUGCGGUAGCGGAGUCGUAUAUUGAAAAUUCUGUUUCGAAGCGAUUAAAAAUCACAAAACAACUAUUUCAAAGGUCCAAUGGAAACUCUGAAAUUACAACAUCCAUAGCCACAGCUUCUUCAUCAAGUGUAACAUCAACAGGUGAUAGUGGUCCUCAAGUUUCCUACGAUGGACUACAGAUUUCUAGCAAUAAUAACUGUCACUUUAAUUUUCAUAUUCAUUAUAAUAAGUAGUUGUUUGUAUUUCAAUAAAAGCAUUAUUUCUUAACGGCCGCAUAUGCGUCCGUUAUUUUUUAACGGACGCCGUCCGUUAUGAAUGAUAUUUCAUUUGUCAAAUG